GACCGAGGCCUAUGGAAAAAGACUGGAAGGAAAAGCUCACGAGGGAAAGACAACAACUUGAAGAUGUAAAGGAGGAGAUACAGAAGGAAAAAGAAGCCUUUGAGAGAAAGAAGGGAUUGACCAUGAAAGAAAGAGAUGAGUUUGAUCUGAUGAAGUCUGAAACCCAGGGACAAUUGGAGGAAAUAGAACAAAACAAACAAGACAUUCGUGUGGAGAAGGAAAAGCUGGAUCAGAUCAAAGCUGAGUUAGAAAGACGGUCUGAAGACGUAAAUCAGGUCAUGGAUGAGACAAGACGGGAGAGGGGGAAGGUUGAAGAACUGGCUAUCCAAACUCAAAAAGAAAGAGAAGAAAUGGUGGGUUUUAUGGAAAAGAACAAACAAAAGCAGAACGAACUGGAACUCAUGAAUGACAAGAUUGAAAGAGAGAAACAAGACAUUGAAGAAAGUCGGGAUGUGCUAACAAAGGAGAGAGAGGAGCUGGAACAAAUGAGGAGUGAGAUACAGCAACAGAGAGAGGAGACAGAAUCUCACAUGGAAGACCAAAGGAAAGAGAAAGAACAUUUGGAACAAAUGACGACGGACAUGAAAAAACAGUUGCUAGAGGUGGAUAAUGACAAGGAAAUGAUAGAAAGCUCAAUGGGUGAACUGAGAGUGAAAGAGGCAGAAAUGGUGAGAGAAAAAGACAACAUGGAUAACAAGAUGGCUAGGCUCAAAGAGGAAGAGGAUGGAAUGCGGGAAGAAAUAGGAAGGAAGAUGGACAUCUUAAAGAAGGAAAGUUGUGAAAUCAAAAGACUUAGAGAUGAAAUUGACAGUGAAAAGGACCAGCUGAAUGCAAAAUUGCUUGAGUUGGAAAAAAUGCGUGAAGAACUAGAUAGAGAGAAGAAGGAAGUGAAAGACAGGAAGGAUGAAACACUGAAAGAGAAAGAUCAGUUGGAAGAGAGGCGAGGUAAGAUGAGCAAGGAGAAAGAGGAAUUGGAUAUCAGUCUUGAACUGAUGAAAAGACAAAGGGAAGACUUGACAAGCUUGAAGGCUGAAGCAGAAGCACAGACCGAGGCUGGAAAAGACUGGAAGGAAAAGCUCACGAGGGAAAGACAACAACUUGAAGAUGUAAAGGAGGAGAUACAGAAGGAAAAAGAAGCCUUUGAGAGAAAGAAGGGAUUGACCAUGAAAGAAAGAGAUGAGUUUGAUCUGAUGAAGUCUGAAACCCAGGGACAAUUGGAGGAAAUAGAACAAAACAAACAAGACAUUCGUGUGGAGAAGGAAAAGCUGGAUCAGAUCAAAGCUGAGUUAGAAAGACGGUCUGAAGACGUAAAUCAGGUCAUGGAUGAGACAAGACGGGAGAGGGGGAAGGUUGAAGAACUGGCUAUCCAAACUCAAAAAGAAAGAGAAGAAAUGGUGGGUUUUAUGGAAAAGAACAAACAAAAGCAGAACGAACUGGAACUCAUGAAUGACAAGAUUGAAAGAGAGAAACAAGACAUUGAAGAAAGUCGGGAUGUGCUAACAAAGGAGAGAGAGGAGCUGGAACAAAUGAGGAGUGAGAUACAGCAACAGAGAGAGGAGACAGAAUCUCACAUGGAAGACCAAAGGAAAGAGAAAGAACAUUUGGAACAAAUGACGACAGACAUGAAAAAACAGUUGCUAGAGGUGGAUAAUGACAAGGAAAUGAUAGAAAGCUCAAUGGGUGAACUGAGAGUGAAAGAGGCAGAAAUAGUGAGAGAAAAAGACAACAUGGAUAACAAGAUGGCUAGGCUCAAAGAGGAAGAGGAUGGAAUGCGGGAAGAAAUAGGAAGGAAGAUGGACAUCUUAAAGAAGGAAAGUUGUGAAAUCAAAAGACUUAGAGAUGAAAUUGACAGUGAAAAGGACCAGCUGAAUGCAAAAUUGCUUGAGUUGGAAAAAAUGCGUGAAGAACUAGAUAGAGAGAAGAAGGAAGUGAAAGACAGGAAGGAUGAAACACUGAAAGAGAAAGAUCAGUUGGAAGAGAGGCGAGGUAAGAUGAGCAAGGAGAAAGAGGAAUUGGAUAUCAGUCUUGAACUGAUGAAAAGACAAAGGGAAGACUUGACAAGCUUGAAGGCUGAAGCAGAAGCACAGACCGAGGCUAUGGAAAAAGACUGGAAGGAAAAGCUCACGAGGGAAAGACAACAACUUGAAGAUGUAAAGGAGGAGAUACAGAAGGAAAAAGAAGCCUUUGAGAGAAAGAAGGGAUUGACCAUGAAAGAAAGAGAUGAGUUUGAUCUGAUGAAGUCUGAAACCCAGGGACAAUUGGAGGAAAUAGAACAAAACAAACAAGACAUUCGUGUGGAGAAGGAAAAGCUGGAUCAGAUCAAAGCUGAGUUAGAAAGACGGUCUGAAGACGUAAAUCAGGUCAUGGAUGAGACAAGACGGGAGAGGGGGAAGGUUGAAGAACUGGCUAUCCAAACUCAAAAAGAAAGAGAAGAAAUGGUGGGUUUUAUGGAAAAGAACAAACAAAAGCAGAACGAACUGGAACUCAUGAAUGACAAGAUUGAAAGAGAGAAACAAGACAUUGAAGAAAGUCGGGAUGUGCUAACAAAGGAGAGAGAGGAGCUGGAACAAAUGAGGAGUGAGAUACAGCAACAGAGAGAGGAGACAGAAUCUCACAUGGAAGACCAAAGGAAAGAGAAAGAACAUUUGGAACAAAUGACGACGGACAUGAAAAAACAGUUGCUAGAGGUGGAUAAUGACAAGGAAAUGAUAGAAAGCUCAAUGGGUGAACUGAGAGUGAAAGAGGCAGAAAUAGUGAGAGAAAAAGACAACAUGGAUAACAAGAUGGCUAGGCUCAAAGAGGAAGAGGAUGGAAUGCGGGAAGAAAUAGGAAGGAAGAUGGACAUCUUAAAGAAGGAAAGUUGUGAAAUCAAAAGACUUAGAGAUGAAAUUGACAGUGAAAAGGACCAGCUGAAUGCAAAAUUGCUUGAGUUGGAAAAAAUGCGUGAAGAACUAGAUAGAGAGAAGAAGGAAGUGAAAGACAGGAAGGAUGAAACACUGAAAGAGAAAGAUCAGUUGGAAGAGAGGCGAGGUAAGAUGAGCAAGGAGAAAGAGGAAUUGGAUAUCAGUCUUGAACUGAUGAAAAGACAAAUGGAAGACUUGACAAGCUUGAAGGCUGAAGCAGAAGCACAGACCGAGCCUAUGGAAAUAGACUGGAAGGAAAAGCUCACGAGGGAAAGACAACAACUUGAAGAUGUAAAGGAGGAGAUACAGAAGGAAAAAGAAGCCUUUGAGAGAAAGAAGGGAUUGACCAUGAAAGAAAGAGAUGAGUUUGAUCUGAUGAAGUCUGAAACCCAGGGACAAUUGGAGGAAAUAGAACAAAACAAACAAGACAUUCGUGUGGAGAAGGAAAAGCUGGAUCAGAUCAAAGCUGAGUUAGAAAGACGGUCUGAAGACGUAAAUCAGGUCAUGGAUGAGACAAGACGGGAGAGGGGGAAGGUUGAAGAACUGGCUAUCCAAACUCAAAAAGAAAGAGAAGAAAUGGUGGGUUUUAUGGAAAAGAACAAACAAAAGCAGAACGAACUGGAACUCAUGAAUGACAAGAUUGAAAGAGAGAAACAAGACAUUGAAGAAAGUCGGGAUGUGCUAACAAAGGAGAGAGAGGAGCUGGAACAAAUGAGGAGUGAGAUACAGCAACAGAGAGAGGAGACAGAAUCUCACAUGGAAGACCAAAGGAAAGAGAAAGAACAUUUGGAACAAAUGACGACGGACAUGAAAAAACAGUUGCUAGAGGUGGAUAAUGACAAGGAAAUGAUAGAAAGCUCAAUGGGUGAACUGAGAGUGAAAGAGGCAGAAAUAGUGAGAGAAAAAGACAACAUGGAUAACAAGAUGGCUAGGCUCAAAGAGGAAGAGGAUGGAAUGCGGGAAGAAAUAGGAAGGAAGAUGGACAUCUUAAAGAAGGAAAGUUGUGAAAUCAAAAGACUUAGAGAUGAAAUUGACAGUGAAAAGGACCAGCUGAAUGCAACAUUGCUUGAGUUGGAAAAAAUGCGUGAAGAACUUGAUAGAGAGAAGAAGGAAGUGAAAGACAGGAAGGAUGAAACACUGAAAGAGAAAGAUCAGUUGGAAGAGAGGCGAGGUAAGAUGAGCAAGGAGAAAGAGGAAUUGGAUAUCAGUCUUGAACUGAUGAAAAGACAAAGGGAAGACUUGACAAGCUUGAAGGCUGAAGCAGAAGCACAGACCGAGGCUAUGGAAAAAGACUGGAAGGAAAAGCUCACGAGGGAAAGACAACAUCUUGAAGAUGUAAAGGAGGAGAUACAGAAGGAAAAAGAAGCCUUUGAGAGAAAGAAGGGAUUGACCAUGAAAGAAAGAGAUGAGUUUGAUCUGAUGAAGUCUGAAACCCAGGGACAAUUGGAGGAAAUAGAACAAAACAAACAAGACAUUCGUGUGGAGAAGGAAAAGCUGGAUCAGAUCAAAGCUGAGUUAGAAAGACGGUCUGAAGACGUAAAUCAGGUCAUGGAUGAGACAAGACGGGAGAGGGGGAAGGUUGAAGAACUGGCUAUCCAAACUCAAAAAGAAAGAGAAGAAAUGGUGGGUUUUAUGGAAAAGAACAAACAAAAGCAGAACGAACUGGAACUCAUGAAUGACAAGAUUGAAAGAGAGAAACAAGACAUUGAAGAAAGUCGGGAUGUGCUAACAAAGGAGAGAGAGGAGCUGGAACAAAUGAGGAGUGAGAUACAGCAACAGAGAGAGGAGACAGAAUCUCACAUGGAAGACCAAAGGAAAGAGAAAGAACAUUUGGAACAAAUGACGACAGACAUGAAAAAACAGUUGCUAGAGGUGGAUAAUGACAAGGAAAUGAUAGAAAGCUCAAUGGGUGAACUGAGAGUGAAAGAGGCAGAAAUAGUGAGAGAAAAAGACAACAUGGAUAACAAGAUGGCUAGGCUCAAAGAGGAAGAGGAUGGAAUGCGGGAAGAAAUAGGAAGGAAGAUGGACAUCUUAAAGAAGGAAAGUUGUGAAAUCAAAAGACUUAGAGAUGAAAUUGACAGUGAAAAGGACCAGCUGAAUGCAAAAUUGCUUGAGUUGGAAAAAAUGCGCGAAGAACUAGAUAGAGAGAAGAAGGAAGUGAAAGACAGGAAGGAUGAAACACUGAAAGAGAAAGAUCAGUUGGAAGAGAGGCGAGGUAAGAUGAGCAAGGAGAAAGAGGAAUUGGAUAUCAGUCUUGAACUGAUGAAAAGACAAAGGGAAGACUUGACAAGCUUGAAGGCUGAAGCAGAAGCACAGACCGAGGCUAUGGAAAAAGACUGGAAGGAAAAGCUCACGAGGGAAAGACAACAUCUUGAAGAUGUAAAGGAGGAGAUACAGAAGGAAAAAGAAGCCUUUGAGAGAAAGAAGGGAUUGACCAUGAAAGAAAGAGAUGAGUUUGAUCUGAUGAAGUCUGAAACCCAGGGACAAUUGGAGGAAAUAGAACAAAACAAACAAGACAUUCGUGUGGAGAAGGAAAAGCUGGAUCAGAUCAAAGCUGAGUUAGAAAGACGGUCUGAAGACGUAAAUCAGGUCAUGGAUGAGACAAGACGGGAGAGGGGGAAGGUUGAAGAACUGGCUAUCCAAACUCAAAAAGAAAGAGAAGAAAUGGUGGGUUUUAUGGAAAAGAACAAACAAAAGCAGAACGAACUGGAACUCAUGAAUGACAAGAUUGAAAGAGAGAAACAAGACAUUGAAGAAAGUCGGGAUGUGCUAACAAAGGAGAGAGAGGAGCUGGAACAAAUGAGGAGUGAGAUACAGCAACAGAGAGAGGAGACAGAAUCUCACAUGGAAGACCAAAGGAAAGAGAAAGAACAUUUGGAACAAAUGACGACGGACAUGAAAAAACAGUUGCUAGAGGUGGAUAAUGACAAGGAAAUGAUAGAAAGCUCAAUGGGUGAACUGAGAGUGAAAGAGGCAGAAAUAGUGAGAGAAAAAGACAACAUGGAUAACAAGAUGGCUAGGCUCAAAGAGGAAGAGGAUGGAAUGCGGGAAGAAAUAGGAAGGAAGAUGGACAUCUUAAAGAAGGAAAGUUGUGAAAUCAAAAGACUUAGAGAUGAAAUUGACAGUGAAAAUGACCAGCUGAAUGCAACAUUGCUUGAGUUGGAAAAAAUGCGUGAAGAACUAGAUAGAGAGAAGAAGGAAGUGAAAGACAGGAAGGAUGAAACACUGAAAGAGAAAGAUCAGUUGGAAGAGAGGCGAGGUAAGAUGAGCAAGGAGAAAGAGGAAUUGGAUAUCAGUCUUGAACUGAUGAAAAGACAAAGGGAAGACUUGACAAGCUUGAAGGCUGAAGCAGAAGCACAGACCGAGGCUAUGGAAAAAGACUGGAAGGAAAAGCUCACGAGGGAAAGACAACAACUUGAAGAUGUAAAGGAGGAGAUACAGAAGGAAAAAGAAGCCUUUGAGAGAAAGAAGGGAUUGACCAUGAAAGAAAGAGAUGAGUUUGAUCUGAUGAAGUCUGAAACCCAGGGACAAUUGGAGGAAAUAGAACAAAACAAACAAGACAUUCGUGUGGAGAAGGAAAAGCUGGAUCAGAUCAAAGCUGAGUUAGAAAGACGGUCUGAAGACGUAAAUCAGGUCAUGGAUGAGACAAGACGGGAGAGGGGGAAGGUUGAAGAACUGGCUAUCCAAACUCAAAAAGAAAGAGAAGAAAUGGUGGGUUUUAUGGAAAAGAACAAACAAAAGCAGAACGAACUGGAACUCAUGAAUGACAAGAUUGAAAGAGAGAAACAAGACAUUGAAGAAAGUCGGGAUGUGCUAACAAAGGAGAGAGAGGAGCUGGAACAAAUGAGGAGUGAGAUACAGCAACAGAGAGAGGAGACAGAAUCUCACAUGGAAGACCAAAGGAAAGAGAAAGAACAUUUGGAACAAAUGACGACAGACAUGAAAAAACAGUUGCUAGAGGUGGAUAAUGACAAGGAAAUGAUAGAAAGCUCAAUGGGUGAACUGAGAGUGAAAGAGGCAGAAAUAGUGAGAGAAAAAGACAACAUGGAUAACAAGAUGGCUAGGCUCAAAGAGGAAGAGGAUGGAAUGCGGGAAGAAAUAGGAAGGAAGAUGGACAUCUUAAAGAAGGAAAGUUGUGAAAUCAAAAGACUUAGAGAUGAAAUUGACAGUGAAAAGGACCAGCUGAAUGCAAAAUUGCUUGAGUUGGAAAAAAUGCGCGAAGAACUAGAUAGAGAGAAGAAGGAAGUGAAAGACAGGAAGGAUGAAACACUGAAAGAGAAAGAUCAGUUGGAAGAGAGGCGAGGUAAGAUGAGCAAGGAGAAAGAGGAAUUGGAUAUCAGUCUUGAACUGAUGAAAAGACAAAGGGAAGACUUGACAAGCUUGAAGGCUGAAGCAGAAGCACAGACCGAGGCUAUGGAAAAAGACUGGAAGGAAAAGCUCACGAGGGAAAGACAACAUCUUGAAGAUGUAAAGGAGGAGAUACAGAAGGAAAAAGAAGCCUUUGAGAGAAAGAAGGGAUUGACCAUGAAAGAAAGAGAUGAGUUUGAUCUGAUGAAGUCUGAAACCCAGGGACAAUUGGAGGAAAUAGAACAAAACAAACAAGACAUUCGUGUGGAGAAGGAAAAGCUGGAUCAGAUCAAAGCUGAGUUAGAAAGACGGUCUGAAGACGUAAAUCAGGUCAUGGAUGAGACAAGACGGGAGAGGGGGAAGGUUGAAGAACUGGCUAUCCAAACUCAAAAAGAAAGAGAAGGAAUGGUGUGUUUUAUGGAAAAGAACAAACAAAAGCAGAACGACCUGGAACUCAUGAAUGACAAGAUUGAAAGAGAGAAACAAGACAUCGAAGAAAGUCGGGAUGUGCUAACAAAGGAGAGAGAGGAGCUGGAACAAAUGAGGAGUGAGAUACAGCAACAGAGAGAGGAGACAGAAUCUCACAUGGAAGACCAAAGGAAAGAGAAAGAACGUUUGGAACAAAUGACGACGCACAUGAAAAAACAGUUGCUAGAGGUGGAAAAUGAUAAGGAAAUGAUAGAAAGCUCAAUGGGUGAACUGAGAGUGAAAGAGGCAGAAAUAGUGAGAGAAAAAGACAACAUGGAUAACAAGAUGGCUAGGCUCAAAGAGGAAGAGGAUGGAAUGCGGGAAGAAAUAGGAAGGAAGAUGGACAUCUUAAAGAAGGAAAGUUGUGAAAUCAAAAGACUUAGAGAUGAAAUUGACAGUGAAAAGGACCAGCUGAAUGCAACAUUGCUUGAGUUGGAAAAAAUGCGUGAAGAACUAGAUAGAGAGAAGAAGGAAGUGAAAGACAGGAAGGAUGAAACACUGAAAGAGAAAGAUCAGUUGGAAGAGAGGCGAGGUAAGAUGAGCAAGGAGAAAGAGGAAUUGGAUAUCAGUCUUGAACUGAUGAAAAGACAAAGGGAAGACUUGACAAGCUUGAAGGCUGAAGCAGAAGCACAGACCGAGGCUAUGGAAAAAGACUGGAAGGAAAAGCUCACGAGGGAAAGACAACAACUUGAAGAUGUAAAGGAGGAGAUACAGAAGGAAAAAGAAGCCUUUGAGAGAAAGAAGGGAUUGACCAUGAAAGAAAGAGAUGAGUUUGAUCUGAUGAAGUCUGAAACCCAGGGACAAUUGGAGGAAAUAGAACAAAACAAACAAGACAUUCGUGUGGAGAAGGAAAAGCUGGAUCAGAUCAAAGCUGAGUUAGAAAGACGGUCUGAAGACGUAAAUCAGGUCAUGGAUGAGACAAGACGGGAGAGGGGGAAGGUUGAAGAACUGGCUAUCCAAACUCAAAAAGAAAGAGAAGAAAUGGUGGGUUUUAUGGAAAAGAACAAACAAAAGCAGAACGAACUGGAACUCAUGAAUGACAAGAUUGAAAGAGAGAAACAAGACAUUGAAGAAAGUCGGGAUGUGCUAACAAAGGAGAGAGAGGAGCUGGAACAAAUGAGGAGUGAGAUACAGCAACAGAGAGAGGAGACAGAAUCUCACAUGGAAGACCAAAGGAAAGAGAAAGAACAUUUGGAACAAAUGACGACGGACAUGAAAAAACAGUUGCUAGAGGUGGAUAAUGACAAGGAAAUGAUAGAAAGCUCAAUGGGUGAACUGAGAGUGAAAGAGGCAGAAAUAGUGAGAGAAAAAGACAACAUGGAUAACAAGAUGGCUAGGCUCAAAGAGGAAGAGGAUGGAAUGCGGGAAGAAAUAGGAAGGAAGAUGGACAUCUUAAAGAAGGAAAGUUGUGAAAUCAAAAGACUUAGAGAUGAAAUUGACAGUGAAAAGGACCAGCUGAAUGCAAAAUUGCUUGAGUUGGAAAAAAUGCGCGAAGAACUAGAUAGAGAGAAGAAGGAAGUGAAAGACAGGAAGGAUGAAACACUGAAAGAGAAAGAUCAGUUGGAAGAGAGGCGAGGUAAGAUGAGCAAGGAGAAAGAGGAAUUGGAUAUCAGUCUUGAACUGAUGAAAAGACAAAGGGAAGACUUGACAAGCUUGAAGGCUGAAGCAGAAGCACAGACCGAGCCUAUGGAAAAAGACUGGAAGGAAAAGCUCACGAGGGAAAGACAACAACUUGAAGAUGUAAAGGAGGAGAUACAGAAGGAAAAAGAAGCCUUUGAGAGAAAGAAGGGAUUGACCAUGAAAGAAAGAGAUGAGUUUGAUCUGAUGAAGUCUGAAACCCAGGGACAAUUGGAGGAAAUAGAACAAAACAAACAAGACAUUCGUGUGGAGAAGGAAAAGCUGGAUCAGAUCAAAGCUGAGUUAGAAAGACGGUCUGAAGACGUAAAUCAGGUCAUGGAUGAGACAAGACGGGAGAGGGGGAAGGUUGAAGAACUGGCUAUCCAAACUCAAAAAGAAAGAGAAGAAAUGGUGGGUUUUAUGGAAAAGAACAAACAAAAGCAGAACGAACUGGAACUCAUGAAUGACAAGAUUGAAAGAGAGAAACAAGACAUUGAAGAAAGUCGGGGAUGUGCUACAAAGGAGAGAGAGGAGCUGGAACAAAUGAGGAGUGAGAUACAGCAACAGAGAGAGGAGACAGAAUCUCACAUGGAAGACCAAAGGAAAGAGAAAGAACGUUUGGAACAAAUGACGACGGACAUGAAAAAACAGUUGCUAGAGGUGGAUAAUGACAAGGAAAUGAUAGAAAGCUCAAUGGGUGAACUGAGAGUGAAAGAGGCAGAAAUAGUGAGAGAAAAAGACAACAUGGAUAACAAGAUGGCUAGGCUCAAAGAGGAAGAGGAUGGAAUGCGGGAAGAAAUAGGAAGGAAGAUGGACAUCUUAAAGAAGGAAAGUUGUGAAAUCAAAAGACUUAGAGAUGAAAUUGACAGUGAAAAGGACCAGCUGAAUGCAACAUUGCUUGAGUUGGAAAAAAUGCGUGAAGAACUUGAUAGAGAGAAGAAGGAAGUGAAAGACAGGAAGGAUGAAACACUGAAAGAGAAAGAUCAGUUGGAAGAGAGGCGAGGUAAGAUGAGCAAGGUGAAAGAGGAAUUGGAUAUCAGUCUUGAACUGAUGAAAAGACAAAUGGAAGACUUGACAAGCUUGAAGGCUGAAGCAGAAGCACAGACCGAGCCUAUGGAAAUAGACUGGAAGGAAAAGCUCACGAGGGAAAGACAACAACUUGAAGAUGUAAAGGAGGAGAUACAGAAGGAAAAAGAAGCCUUUGAGAGAAAGAAGGGAUUGACCAUGAAAGAAAGAGAUGAGUUUGAUCUGAUGAAGUCUGAAACCCAGGGACAAUUGGAGGAAAUAGAACAAAACAAACAAGACAUUCGUGUGGAGAAGGAAAAGCUGGAUCAGAUCAAAGCUGAGUUAGAAAGACGGUCUGAAGACGUAAAUCAGGUCAUGGAUGAGACAAGACGGGAGAGGGGGAAGGUUGAAGAACUGGCUAUCCAAACUCAAAAAGAAAGAGAAGGAAUGGUGGGUUUUAUGGAAAAGAACAAACAAAAGCAGAACGACCUGGAACUCAUGAAUGACAAGAUUGAAAGAGAGAAACAAGACAUCGAAGAAAGUCGGGAUGUGCUAACAAAGGAGAGAGAUGAGCUGGAACAAAUGAGGAGUGAGAUACAGCAACAGAGAGAGGAGACAGAAUCUCACAUGGAAGACCAAAGGAAAGAGAAAGAACAUUUGGAACAAAUGACGACAGACAUGAAAAAACAGUUGCUAGAGGUGGAUAAUGACAAGGAAAUGAUAGAAAGCUCAAUGGGUGAACUGAGAGUGAAAGAGGCAGAAAUAGUGAGAGAAAAAGACAACAUGGAUAACAAGAUGGCUAGGCUCAAAGAGGAAGAGGAUGGAAUGCGGGAAGAAAUAGGAAGGAAGAUGGACAUCUUAAAGAAGGAAAGUUGUGAAAUCAAAAGACUUAGAGAUGAAAUUGACAGUGAAAAGGACCAGCUGAAUGCAAAAUUGCUUGAGUUGGAAAAAAUGCGCGAAGAACUAGAUAGAGAGAAGAAGGAAGUGAAAGACAGGAAGGAUGAAACACUGAAAGAGAAAGAUCAGUUGGAAGAGAGGCGAGGUAAGAUGAGCAAGGAGAAAGAGGAAUUGGAUAUCAGUCUUGAACUGAUGAAAAGACAAAGGGAAGACUUGACAAGCUUGAAGGCUGAAGCAGAAGCACAGACCGAGGCUAUGGAAAAAGACUGGAAGGAAAAGCUCACGAGGGAAAGACAACAUCUUGAAGAUGUAAAGGAGGAGAUACAGAAGGAAAAAGAAGCCUUUGAGAGAAAGAAGGGAUUGACCAUGAAAGAAAGAGAUGAGUUUGAUCUGAUGAAGUCUGAAACCCAGGGACAAUUGGAGGAAAUGGAACAAAACAAACAAGACAUUCGUGUGGAGAAGGAAAAGCUGGAUCAGAUCAAAGCUGAGUUAGAAAGACGGUCUGAAGACGUAAAUCAGGUCAUGGAUGAGACAAGACGGGAGAGGGGGAAGGUUGAAGAACUGGCUAUCCAAACUCAAAAAGAAAGAGAAGGAAUGGUGGGUUUUAUGGAAAAGAACAAACAAAAGCAGAACGACCUGGAACUCAUGAAUGACAAGAUUGAAAGAGAGAAACAAGACAUCGAAGAAAGUCGGGAUGUGCUAACAAAGGAGAGAGAGGAGCUGGAACAAAUGAGGAGUGAGAUACAGCAACAGAGAGAGGAGACAGAAUCUCACAUGGAAGACCAAAGGAAAGAGAAAGAACAUUUGGAACAAAUGACGACAGACAUGAAAAAACAGUUGCUAGAGGUGGAUAAUGACAAGGAAAUGAUAGAAAGCUCAAUGGGUGAACUGAGAGUGAAAGAGGCAGAAAUAGUGAGAGAAAAAGACAACAUGGAUAACAAGAUGGCUAGGCUCAAAGAGGAAGAGGAUGGAAUGCGGGAAGAAAUAGGAAGGAAGAUGGACAUCUUAAAGAAGGAAAGUUGUGAAAUCAAAAGACUUAGAGAUGAAAUUGACAGUGAAAAGGACCAGCUGAAUGCAACAUUGCUUGAGUUGGAAAAAAUGCGUGAAGAACUUGAUAGAGAGAAGAAGGGAAGUGAAAGACAG